AUGCUUCUUCCACGCCACUCAAGCAAAAUCCAGCCUCAUGGCUCCCAGGCCACCACUAGGCCAAGUCGGCUGAGAUCUCCUGGUCUUCGGCUCAAGACAAGUUCGCUCGAUCUUAUUCCUUCAGAUGAGAAGGCCCAGGCGAUGGCUUCAGCCGACUGGAGAAAGAUGGCGCCGGAUUCUGGCCUCGGCGAUAAUCGUCAGCAGAUUUCAGACGAGAAUAGCAGACAUCCAUCCGACCAGAAUGAUGGCUUUUACUCGCCCUUUGUGCUGGGGAUGAAGCCUAUGAAUACUGGAUCAAGGGCUCAGUACCAGUAUGCUAGGGACCCUACAAGCGGCAUUGCUUGGGAGGUCAUUUCAUCGGCUCCUGGGUGCGAUUUCAGGCGGGAGGAAACGAGAACCAGCGAGUCGUCAGGCAUACCGUCCUCAAUCCUCAAGGCGUGCCAACCGAACCUCCAAAACACCACGAUGGUGCGGCUUAAGGCCAUCAAGCCAAUGAACGUGAGCAUCAACGGCGACAUCAUCAAACUGCCCAACAAGUACUCUUUGGAUGUUACCCCUGUUGACAUCCAAGAGCCAGACGCUGCUUGCUUUAUGAACAGGGAACACGGCGAGAUCCUGGCCACUCUCAAGCUCCUCAAGCCCAAGGCCCGCUUACGCCGUAUGAAGUCCGAGCUUCACGAAGAGAGCGUUCUGAAAGAUCUGGAUGACUUCUUGUCCCAACAGAGUGGGAAGCCUCCAAAGGUCGUCGCGGCAAGCAAGGAAGCUCAACGCCAAAACCGUAGGUCAUCGGGGCAUUGGAGCAGCCAUGACUCUGGAAUCUCAACCAGUUCUGAAACCUCUGGCCUUCAGAAAGAGAUGCCUUUAGGGGCACAUCACCGAACACCUGCGGAAGGUCACCGCUUUCAGACACUACUCAGCCGCCUACACUUGACCACGGAGACAAGAGAAGCUUCCCAGCCGCCGACAGCACCUGAUCAUGCUGAGACGUCGAAGAGCCAUGCUCAGGUGGUGGAUCCUGCAAUUAUCGCCGCAAAGGUCAAAGACGAAGAGCGCGAGGAGACGCCCGACAACUCGGAAAGGGGCGCGCGCGAAGGUACCUUUUUCGGAAGGGAUUCUACCUUGCUGUUUGGGAAGGGUAAAUGGGCGCAAAAAUCACACGAUUCUGGCUAUUCAACAUUCCAUUUCAUGAAGCAGGGCACACAAGAACCAACAAGGCCCAAGGCGGUCGAGCAUUUUGGUCCUACGGUUCAGAAGCGCAAAGAAGAUUCAACAUCAUGUUCAACCACCUCAACCAAGUUGAAUCCCACAGCUGCCGAAUUCAAGUCGGUCACCAAAGGUGACCUCAAGUCAGGGGUGAAGAGCGAUUUCAAGCCCGCGCCUGCAGCUUAUCCUGCCCCUCCCUGGACUCCAAAAAGACGGACACGGCCUUUACUCAACAAUAUCUUUCCUGGUGUACUGGAAGAUCCCGGUUUCAUGGCCCAGACAGUGCCAUUUGUGGCAAACGAUUGUCUUCAAGGUAGUCCAUGGCAGACAAGUGGUCCUCCAACAGGGCCAGUGUGGGUGGCUGAACCGGGACAGCCUAUCCCAGAGAUGGCCUUCCAACCACCAGUAGCACCAAUAGCAAUGGCACCUCUUCCCAUUGUUGAUCCAGAUGGCAAGGGACCACGACCGGUAUUUCCCGUCACCCAGAAACCACGAGACCAUGACCCUGUGAAGCAGCAGGCAUAUGAAUCGUAUCUGGAGUGGCGAAAGGCCAAUGAGCCUGGCUAUCACAUGAAGUGCAAAAUGCGUCAAGCACACCGUGUGGUUCGUCAAUACCAGCAACAGGCGCAGACUGCUGACUGGAAGACCGUAGCUGGGCAGGCCAAAGCAGCAGCUGGAGCGUUGGAAGCACAUGCAGCCGAGGAAAAGAGGAGGUCAAAAGAAGCAGCUCUCAAGGAGCAAUUCAAAAUGAGUGUGAAGAGGGUAGCAGAGUCCUCUGGAGCCACGGAGAUAAAGGAACAAACACUUCCGGACACGAAUAAUGAAAAGCAAACACAAACAUUGGUCAUAUAA